AUGUGGCUGUGGGCUCUGGUCGUUAAUGUGGCUGUUCCAGAGGUGCUUCAGAGGGCAACAGGGAAAGAUUUCAAAAAGUUACGCAGACAGAUGACGGCAAACAAUAAUACCUCCCAAGUGCUCCACAUCAGAUGGCAUCUUGUAUUCCAAGCUGUGUCAAUGUUUCUUGUCCCCCUGUUGAUCAUUUUAUGCUCGUACACAUACAUCUUCAUAGUGUCUUACAAGCAGAGACAACUUGUCAGAGAACAGGGCCGUGACAUUCCAGGAAUGCCCACCGUCGAGCAUCACAUGAAAGGUGCCCGCACUCUCGCCAUUGUUGUAGCGCUGUGUCUACUCAGUAUCAUCGCUUUGCUGGUUGUGACAUCCCUCCGAAUUUUCUGUGGCAUAUCACUCGGGCGCCGCGAUCAAAUGCUAAUGGUGAAUAUCGUCUACGACUUGGCCAUGUUUUUGAAUGCCGUAUGCAACCCUCUUAUCUGCGGAUGGAAAAAUGAAGAAUUUAGAAACGCUUUUCGUAAGAUGCUGAAAUGCUGCUAA